AUGUCGCGCUCCUUCUAUGUCGACUCGCUCAUCAUCAAGGACUCCUCACGGCCCGCGCCCUCGCUUCCUGAGCCGCACCCCGGGCCAGAUUUCUUCAUCCCGCUGGGCAUGCCAUCCCCGUUGGUGAUGUCCGUGUCCGGGACGGGCUGCCCGUCCCGCAAGAGCGGCGCGUUCUGCGUUUGCCCGCUCUGCGUCACUUCGCACCUGCACUCCCCUCGGGGGCCCGCGAGCUCCAGCGGCGGGAGCGCAGGGACCGGGAGUGCCGGGGCCGGGGUUGGCGGGGCGGCGGCAGCCGCCGGGGCGUUGCCCCUGCUCAAGAGUCAGUUCUCUUCGGGUCCUGGGGACGCACAAUUUUGCCCGCGUGUGAGCCACGCGCACCAUCACCACCACCCUCCACAGCACCACCAUCACCACCACCAGCCCCAGCAGCCCGGCUCGGCUGCAGCGGCGGCGGCUGCGGCUGCAGCGGCGGCGGCCGCGGCGGCCUUGGGGCACCCGCAGCACCACGCACCUGUCUGCACCGCCACCACCUACAACGUGGCGGACCCGCGGAGAUUCCACUGCCUCACCAUGGGGGGUUCGGAUGCCAGCCAGGUACCCAAUGGCAAGAGGAUGAGGACGGCGUUCACAAGCACGCAGCUCCUGGAGCUGGAGCGGGAAUUCUCUUCCAAUAUGUACUUGUCUCGACUCCGGAGGAUCGAGAUCGCCACGUACCUGAACCUGUCAGAGAAGCAGGUGAAAAUCUGGUUUCAGAACCGCAGGGUGAAGCACAAGAAGGAAGGGAAGGGCACGCAGAGGAACAGUCACACGGGCUGCAAGUGCGUCGGCAGCCAGGCGCACUACGCGCGCUCAGAGGACGAGGACUCCUUGUCGCCGGUCUCGGCCAACGAUGACAAGGAGAUUUCCCCAUUAUGA